AUGGCGGCCUCGACGGACGGCCGCGAUGGCGUCUCAGGGCCGUCGCCUUACGCCCCCGGACGACGCGUUGCUGUGGGCGCGACCACCACUAAAGUCGCGACUGCCAGACCGCAGCAGAAGAUGAGGCGAGCGCAAUGGACGACUUGCCAUGCGCGCGGAUCAUGCAUGUCCAUGAAGCAGGUGCUACUAGCGCAGCUGGGGUGGUGUGUGGAGGGCAUGGAUGAAGGGUUAUUUGAAAAGGCUCUGCAGCUCAAGAGGCGGUUCGAAAGCACUGCCCAAGGCACCGGGUAG